UGAUAAUACAAUGGCAAAAUCAAUGUCUAUUCAAAUGAAAGGAUUCAUAUGCGUGGAGGGAGUGGACAGCAAUUGCGAUGAGUUUUGGCAACAAAUACGGGCCACGAAUUGGCAGAGGAUUACACUCAUAGACACCGAAAAUGACUUACGGGACACGGCUUUCGACGACUACAACGAGUUGGCCGACACAUCGCAACUGUUCCGGGUCUUAGAGCAACGCAAUUGCGAUACGAUUGUCAAGAACUUCUUGGGCUUCCAGUCCUCCGCCGCCACCACUGCCGCCAACACUACCACCACUGCUGCUGCGGCACCGGUAGCUAAGGAGUAG